CAUACCACCGCCCCCUCUCUCUUCUCUCUCUCUAACUUUUUUUUUUCUUUCCUUCAUCAAAUCUUUCUGAAUGGGUAAAUCCGCCAAGAAAUCCGCCUCCAAGGCCGAAGCAGUUGCUGUUGUUGCUGCUCCUCCUGCUAAACCCUUGAAGAAAGGAAAGAGAGAGGCGGAGGUUGCUAUUGUGAAAGAAGUAGCUUCUGCUAAGAAGCAGAAGGUGGAGGAGAUUAAGGUUCCAGUGAAGAAUGAGAAGAAGGUUGUGAAGAAGAAAGUUGAGAGCUCAUCUGAUGAUGAUUCUUCUUCAGAUUCUGAGAUGGAGGACAAGGCUGUGCCUGCCAAGAACGGUAAAGUAGAAUCUGACUCGGAAGAUGAAAGCAGUGGAUUGGAGGAAAACGCUUCUGUGGCUAAGAAACCUGCAGCUGCAGCUAAGAAUGGGAAAGUAGCUGCAUCCAAGAAGGAUGAAUCUUCCUCUGAAGAAGAAACCAGUUCUGAUGAGGAAGAAACUCCGGCCAAGAAAGCUGCACCAGUGGCCAAGAAGGCUGUUGCAGUUCCAGCCAAGAAGAAAGAAGAGUCAAGUGAUGAUUCUUCUGACGAUGAAUCCAGUGAGGAUGAGAAAGCCCCUGCAACUACCAAGGCGGCUGCCCCUGCUGCCAAGGCCCCUGCAGCUGCUGCCAAGAAGAAAGACGAGUCUAGCAGCGACGAUGAUGAGAGUUCUGAUGAAGAGGUAGUUCCGGCUAAAACCAACUCAGCCGCAGUUGCUAAGAAGGAUGAGUCGAGUGAUGAUUCUGACUCAUCUGAAUCAGAUGAGGAUGAUGCCCCGAAAACUAAUGCUUUGAAAAGGCCCACUGCUGAAGUGAGCCAGAAAAAGGCCGAGUCUAGCUCUGAUGAUGACAGUUCUGAGGAAAGCGAUGAUGACGAGCCUGAGAAGAAAAAGAUCAAAGCUCCGGCAACCACUGCCCCAAAGAAGGAGAGUAGCUCAGAGGAAGAAUCUUCUGAAGAAGAUGAAUCUUCAGAGGAAGAAGAGGAAACCGUUGCAAAAACUCCCAAGAAAAAUGAUACCAAUGCUGCAGCGACCAAGGCAAAUGUUACCCCCUUCAAUAAGACUCCCAAGACACCCGUUACUCCCCAGUCAAACGCUAAUGGUCCCACAACUCUGUUUGUUGGGAAUCUAUCCUUCAAUGUUGAGGAAUCAAAUAUUGUGGAAUUCUUCAAACCUGCUGGGGAAGUUACUGAUGUUCGCUUUGCCAUGAGCCAAGAAGACGGAUCAUUCAGAGGCUUUGGUCAUGUUGAGUUUGCCUCCGCAGAAGCAGCAAAGAAGGCAUUUGAGCAAAUGAACGGUCAAGAAUUGUUGAAUCGUGAGGUGAGACUCGACUUUGCAAGAGAAAGAGGAGAGAGACCAGCAUACACCCCUAACUCUGGCGGCCCGAGAUCUCAAUCUCAAGGUCCAACACUAUUUGUUAAGGGAUUCGACACAAGAAACGGUGAAGACCAGAUUAGGAGCUCUUUGGAAGAGCACUUUGGUACUUGUGGUGAAAUUACAAGAGUCUCCCUCCCAACAGAUCCAGAAGGUGGAGUUAAAGGGAUAGCAUAUAUCAACUUUAAGGACAAUAAUGCAUUCAACAAGGCAUUGGAAUUGAACGGGUCUGAAUUUGGAAAUGGUAGCUUGACAGUUGAUGAGGCCAAGCCUAGAUUUGAUAGUGGCGGAGGUGGUCGCGGUGGUGAUAGACGCGGUCGCGGUGGUGAUAGAGGUAGAAGAGGUGGCAGGAAUGACUUUGGCCAGAGAAGUGCUGGCAGGGGUGACUAUGGCAGCGGCAGCCGAGGCAGGGGUCGUUUUGGCGAUAACAGAGGUAGAAGAGGAAAUUCUAGCACCAGACCCAAUUUGUUUACACCUGGAACAGGAAAGAAGACCACAUUUGGUGAUGAGUAAGUAGUUACCCACACUAUUAAGAAGAAUGGAGGAUGUGCUUACAAAUCGACAAGUUUUGGACUCUGCUUUUACUUUCUGUUUGUUUUAGUUUUUACCAGACUUUUGCUGAGGUUGACUUUCAAAUCUUUUUUUUUUUUUGUUUUUUCUUUGUUGAAGAGUUUCUAUUUAUUAUGUUGCAAAUUUAUGAUAAUUUUUAUUAUAUAUGGAUUUAUGGUAAUUUUAAGUUAGUUUGGUUGCCCUA